GGGGCGAGCGGGGCGCUGGUUGGUUUCCCUGGACUCGGCCCGCCUCCCGGGCCGGCCGGUAUUUGAGGCCUGCAGCGGCUCCGACGCCUCCUGCCCGCUGCUCCGCUCGCUCCCGGCCGCGGCGUCCACACUGUGGGGCUUGCUAUCAUGGAUACUCUAUCAGAAGCAAAUGGCACCUUUGCCUUAAACCUUUUGAAAAAGCUGGGUGAAGACAACUCGAAAAAUGUGUUUUUCUCACCCAUGAGCAUCUCCUCUGCCCUGGCCAUGGUCUUCAUGGGGGCAAAGGGAAACACCGCUGCCCAGAUGUCCCAGGUGCUUUCUUUAAGUAAGAGCGGUGGUGAAGUUGGAGAUGUCCACCAGGGUUUCCAGUCGCUUCUCAGCGAAGUUAACAGGACUGGCACGCAGUACUUGCUUAGAACUGCCAACCGGCUCUUUGGAGAAAAGUCUUAUGAUUUCCUCUCAUCUUUUAAAGAUUCCUGCCACAAAUUCUACCAAGCAGAGAUGGAACAGCUUGACUUUAUCAAUGCUACAGAGGAGUCCAGAAAACACAUAAACACCUGGGUAGCCAAGAAGACAGAAGGUAAAAUUACAGAGUUACUGUCUUCAGAUUCAGUGGACCUGCUGACUAAGCUGAUUCUCGUGAAUGCCAUCUACUUCAAAGGAAACUGGGAUGAUCAGUUUGACAAACAGCAGACCAAGGAAAGACCGUUUAAAGUCAGCAAGAAUGAGGAGAAACCUGUGCAAAUGAUGUUUAAGAAAUCUACCUUUAAAAGGACCUACAUAGGAGAAAUAUUCACCCAAAUUCUGAUGCUUCCCUAUGUCAGCGAAGAGCUGAAUAUGAUCAUCAUGCUUCCGGAUGAAAACACUGAUUUGAAAACGGUGGAAAAAGAACUUACUUAUGAGAAAUUCGUAGAAUGGACGAGGCCAGACAUGAUGGAUGAAACAGAGAUGGAAGUGUUCCUCCCUAGAUUUAAGCUGGAGGAGGAUUACGACAUGGAGGCUGUCCUUCGCAGUCUGGGCAUGACUGAUGCCUUUGAGCAGGCCAGGGCAGACUUUUCUGGAAUGUCAUCUAGGGCAGGCCUGUUUCUGUCCAAAGUCGUGCACAAGUCUUUUGUGGAAGUCAACGAGGAAGGCACAGAGGCCGCAGCCGCCACUGCCGCCAUCAUGAUGAUGCGAUGUGUAAGAAUCAUCCCCAGGUUCUGUGCUGACCACCCCUUCCUUUUCUUUAUUCAGCACAGCAAGACCAACAGCAUUCUCUUCUGUGGCCGAUUCUCCUCCCCGUAAGGAAAUGGUCGGCACUAUGCAGAGCCCUUCUUCUGUCUCCUGUGACCCACUUUUCCUCUGACACUUCACAAUGUGCCUGCAACCCAAAGUGACCUUUGGUGACAAUCUAAAAAUAAAAAGUGGUCAGAAA